GUAUUUUGGAAAUAUUCGCCGUGUCUCAGGGGAUAGUAGGAAUACGCGGAGUUUUCAGCAACAAAUUUUUAGCCAUGUCGAAAAAAGGAAAACUGCAUGCAAGUGCCAAAUUUACCGAUGACUGCAAGUUCAGGGAGCGGUUUCAAGAAAACAGCUACAACACCUACUCCUCAGCUGUCCACCGGACUGUGAAAACCGGAAGGGAGUGGUACGUGGCUUUGAACAAGCGAGGUAAAGCCAAACGGGGGUGUAGCCCACGAGUAAAACCCCAGCACGUCUCCACUCAUUUCCUUCCACGGUUCAAGCAAACCGAACCACCAGAACUUUCCUUCACGGUGGCUGUCCCCGAGAAGAAAAGGCCGCCGGUGGUUCUCCCGGCCAAGCCCAAAGCGCCUCAGAAGAAGCCGGUGAAGUACAGACUCAAGUUUCGCUUUGGAUAG